UCCGUUUGUUUGGUUCGGUUUCGACUUUGUUCAUGCCUCAUAAUCCAGCGCGCGACAGUUUGACCGUUGCACUAGGAGGGUGCAACUCGAACGCACACUGAUUGGAAAAGGAUGGCGCCGGCGCUCAGCAAAUUCACGAAUAGACGCACCCUAGGCAGCGCAGUUACAGCUGGUGCGCUCAUUAUUUUGAUACUGAAAUACCGCAGCAAGAGACGAACGCAAAAAUCAAGGAACCCGUGGCCUACCAACAAUGACAUCCAGUAUGUUAUCAAGGAGGAAAAGCCAAAAGGUCCCAAAGCACAAGUCGAUGCUAUCUUCUUCCGCAAAAUUUUGCAAUUGCUCAAGAUCGGCAUUCCUGGUAUACUGUCACCAGAAUUUGGUAUGGUCUUUGUGGUAGCAGCCUCUUUGGUUGGCAAGACCUUGUGUGACUUAUAUUUGAUUAAGAGAGCUACUCAGAUAGAAACAGCAAUUGUCAGCAAGAAUGGACCAUUAUUCAAGAGAUACUUAAUUUCCUUCUUGUGUGUAGGGCCUGUGAUAGCAGUCUUGAACAACAUAAUGAAGUACAGUUUAAGUGCAUUAAAAUUGAAGUUGCGUACAAAUAUAACACGUUAUUUACUGGAUCAUUAUCUUAAGGGCUUUACUUAUUACAAAAUGUGCAACUUGGACAAUCGUAUUUCAAACCCAGAUCAACUCUUGACUACGGAUGUUGAUAAAUUUUGUGAUAGCUUUGUAAAUCUUUAUAGUAAUAUGACAAAACCCUUGUUAGACAUUGGUCUUUAUGUGUUUAAAUUAGCUCCUGGUAUCGGUGCACAGUCACCACUGAUGAUAUUAACGUAUCUGGUAUUUGCUGGCUUUAUUCUGACCAAUAUUCGCAAACCCAUUGGACAAAUGACAGUUAAAGAACAACGAUUAGAAGGAGAAUAUCGUCACAUCAACUCCCGAUUGAUCACUAACUCGGAAGAAAUCGCAUUCUAUCAGGGAAACAACAGGGAAAAAUUAACAAUGUUAACUAGUUUCCACAAACUCACAAGUCAUCUUCGUAAAGUCUUAGAAUUCAAAACAUUUAUGGGAAUCAUAGAUAACGUCGUUGCAAAAUAUAUCGCCACCGUGGUCGGUUUCUACGCGAUCAGUGAACCCUUCUUCCAGGAGGAUCAUCCCAUACUCUCCGGCUCGCCUGCUCACCGCUUCAACUCUUAUUAUACGUACGGCCGAAUGAUGGUUAGGAUGGCCGAGGCGGUCGGCCGACUGAUAUUAGCUGGCAGAGAGCUCACACGGUUAGCUGGUCUCACGGCAAGAGUUACCGAGGUCAAACAGGUCCUUGACGAUUUGAACGCUGGCAAGUACGAGAGAACGAUGCUCACGGAUAACAAGGACAAUGUCGGCUUUCCCGGUGGCGGCAAGAUUAUACCGCGCGACAAUAUCAUACGAUUCGAUCGUGUACCACUCGUUACGCCAAACGGAGACGUGCUCAUUAGAGAAUUAACUUUUGAGGUGAAGUCGGGUGUGAACGUCCUGGUUUGCGGUCCAAACGGUUGCGGCAAGAGUUCCAUGUUCAGGAUUCUUGGUGAACUGUGGCCAGUCUGGUCUGGAAGCGUCACGAAACCACCGCGCGGUAAAUUAUUCUACAUCCCGCAACGUCCUUACAUGACGUUGGGCACCUUAAGGGACCAAGUCAUUUAUCCUCAUACGAGAGCCGAAAUGCAGAGGCGCGGUAACAUCAAUGACGAUGAUUUAAAAAAGUUUUUGGACUUGGUACAAUUGACUCAUCUAUUGGACAGAGAGAAUAUUAGCAAUAGUGAAGGACAGGGCUGGGACGCGAUAGCUGAUUGGAUGGACGUUCUGUCGGGAGGCGAGAAACAACGUAUUGCGAUGGCUCGACUGUUUUACCACAAACCGCAAUUCGCGAUCCUGGACGAGUGCACGAGCGCUGUGAGCGUAGACGUCGAGGGCUCUAUGUACAUGUAUUGUAAAAAAGAGAAUAUUACAUUGUUCACAGUCUCACAUCGUCGCUCUCUCUGGAAACAUCAUGAGUACUGUUUACAAAUGGACGGACGCGGAAGCUAUGAAUUCAAACCGAUUGAACAGGACACGAUAGAAUUUGGGUCGUGAAUUCUUGCGUCCCUUGCAUACGUGAACAGCGCGAUCGUGCAAGGGACAUCUAAUGUGUAGUUUCUAUUGGUAAUCUUAAUAAUAGAUAAAAUUUUUUGCGGGAAAACGAUAUAAUGCUAACCUAACUCUCUGCUAUUGCGUUUUUAACAUAAUCUCUAAUAUAAUAUCUGCUAUUAACUCUGCUAUUAUGUUAAAAUCUAUUUGAACCACUUCUAUUCUUAAAAUGCAAUAAUCUCGUAGCUGUCCCAAACAUUCUAGUGAAUUUCAUGACUAUCAAUUUUUUAUUCGUGGGUAGGUAUUUCAACGAUACGAAAAAAAUUUAUGUAAAUUACAUUAAAACGUAUAAGUUUAUUUUAACUCGAACUACGCAAGAAGCAAAUAAAACAGCAGGAUUAGGUAUGAAUAAUUAGGUCUAUUUGUUUUUCAAGAACUUGCACUAGUGUAACAAGUUAAAGUGUAACUUAACAUAAACCGAAAUAAUAGAACGCUCCUUUACAGAGUUAACUAAUAUUGAAAUAUUAAUGGCACAUAAGGAGCUAGCACUUUUAUCCUCCCACAAUCAUAUUAAUAUUAAAAUUAUAUUAGUAUUUAAUAGCACUAAGACAUCCGUGCUAGCUCCUUAUGUGCCAUUAAUAUUUCACUAUUAGUGUAACUUAACAAACAAGUACACUUUCUUGCAGUCUAAUUUAUAGCACUGGUUCAGAGGUUUCUUUAAAAAUGGACCUAUUAUCUCACGCUUUUUAUAUCGUACUAAUAUGCACAUCACAAAGUAGCGGUUAACGACAUAGUUACGCCAUUAUUCAAUGCGUCAUUGAUUCCUUCAUACAUGAAUAGUUACUUAAAUUAUGACGCACAAUAAUAUAUUUUUCUAUCGAUAUUUUAAUAAAAUAUAUUCAUAUAAUGUAUUCAUGAAUGCACUUCGAGCUUCAAAUGUAUAACAUUUAAUACUUUAAAAAAAAUUAUUUUAUAUAUCUUUAAUUCUUCUUAUAUUACUGGUGUGUAAAUAUUUACAUAAGUGUAAGUUUUUAAUGCAAAAACUCUCGCUUAACUAUUUAAAAUUAUAGUUGACUCACAAAGCGAAGACUUGCCACAAAUUAUCUGCUAGGUAAAUUCACUAAUAUAUUAGUACUGUAUAACGGUUUCUAAUCUCAAGAUUUCUACAGUUUACGGAAAAAUCUAUCAUAUCAUAAAAAUUCAUGUACGAAUAUAUAUGACAGAUAUUAUUAUAAGACUUAUUGUAUAAGAUUGGGACAGUUGUUAUAGUAUGUUAUAUACGUGUGAAUGGAUACAUCACGAGAAGUAUAGAAAAAAAUUGUUGGACAAUAAGAAUGUUAUAAAGAUGAAA